UGGCAGAAUCCAUAAAGAGUUUGAUACAAAAUGCUAAUUUACAAGACAAUAUGUUGGGUUUUAGAGGUUUUGCAUCUGAGCUCUUUAUAUGUUCCUCAUAGGAAGCAUGAGCUGAAAUGUUCAUUAUGAUGUUGAACAGACUGUUUAUUAAUCUGUCUACAGGUUUUGUGAGUGGCAGCAAAUGGAGAACUUGACAUUUACAAACAGCAUUCUGCUGGUGGAGGGACUGAAAAUUACACCUCAGUCAUCUUAUCCUGUUUUUAUCCUGCUUCUGUUAGUUUAUAUCUUUGCAAUGGGAUGUAACAUUAUACUUAUAAUUCUCAUCUCAACACAGAAGAAUCUGCAUCAUCCUAUGCAUUUUCUGUUUUGUAAUCUACCACUGAAUGAUAUACUCGGUACCACUGUCAUGUUGCCACGCUUGUUACAGGAUAUUUUAAAAGAAGCCUCAGGUCGAUAUAUUACAUAUGUUGAUUGUGUUGUUCAAGCUUAUUUUGUGCAUAUAUUUGCAGCAGCAAGCCACUAUGUGCUGGUAAUAAUGGCCUUUGACCGAUAUGUAGCUAUAUGUAAUCCAUUACGAUAUUCAUCCAUUAUGACAAAUAAAAUGGUGAUUAAAUUGUCAGCAUCAGCCUGGGGAUUGGCAGUGCUUAUAGUGUCUAUUAUGUUAGGCCUCACAAUACGCCUCUCUCGCUGCAGAUAUAAAAUUGAAAAUCCUUUCUGUGACAAUGCCUCACUGUUUAAACUGUCAUGUGAAAAUGUAUCUGUAAAUAAUGUGUUUGGACUCAUUUACACUAUUAUGGUUUUUACUUUGUCACUUGGGUCUGUAUUUAUAACAUAUUUUAAGAUUGCUACUGUGUGUAUUACCAGCAAAAACAAAGCCCUCAACAACAAAGCCAUAAAAACCUGCAGCACUCACAUAGCUGUUUAUUUAAUCAUGUUUGUUUCUUGCGCCACCAUGAUUUUUCUCCAUCGUGUUCCUGAAUACUCUGACAGCAGGAAACUAGCUAGUAUAAUGUUUCACAUUGUACCACCAGGAUUAAAUCCUUUAGUGUAUGGCUUACAAACCAAAGAGAUAAGAGAAAAAAUUGUUAAACUUUGGCGUAGAAACAAACUUAUAGCAAUUAAGUAAAUAUAAUGUUUUAGGAAGGUAUUGAAAAUGAUCUGUAAAAAAUCUAUAUUAUUUAAAAUGUAUAUGUAU